AUGAAAGGACGACGGUUUACCCUUCUUGCGGGUCUGGCAACCCUGAUUGUUUUGCUAUUCCUAUUCUUCGCGCCAAAUUCGGACGAGAGGCCUCACGCACCAGCAGUUCCUGGCCACGAACAUAGCCCUCCAACGCCCCAACAGCCGAUCGAGUCGUUUGGCGACGAGAUCCAGGAGCAAGAUAAUAUCAAUGUUAAUAAUACUCCCCCCGGCGAUGAGCUUGUCCACCCCAUUGAGAGGUUGAUCCAGACGUCAAGAGAGAGGUUCCAGACCAUACAUUCACGACAGUCAAAGACACUGCAGCAAGCUGUUGCGGAGUACCGACGUCGAUAUGGCCUUCACCCGCCCCCGCAUUUCGAUGUAUGGUUUAGAUUUGCCCGGAGCAGAGGCGUUCAGAUGAUUGAUGAAUAUGAUUCGAUAUACGAUGCUUUACUUCCCUUUUGGGGGGUGAAACCCAAAACAAUCCGGGAACGAGCAAGGGAAGCUAUAGGAUUCGAUAAUGCUCUGAUCGGGCUAAUGAUAAGGAGCGGGAAUGUGACUUUGGUUGAUGGAGGCGGAGAGCCCGAAGAAUGGAAGCGGAAUGCUAUUAAGGGGAUGAUGGCGGCCUUCGUCAAGUACCUGCCUGAUAUGGAUAUGGCUUUCAAUAUUCACGAUGAGCCUCGGGUGGUCGUGCCGUAUUCCGAUCUAUCUCGACUGGUGGCUGAUGGGAAACGUAUGACUGCUUUGAACGGCGCAAAGUCUGGACCGAAGAACAAGUGGUCUGAGCGGCCAGAGGGCCUGAAUAAGGGGGAUAGGAUUGAUGAAGUUCGGAGGACGAGAUUUAACAAGUUUGCUCACCAGCCUAUUUGGACCAAUUCACGAAUGUCCUGCCCCCCUAACAGUCCAGCAAGACAGCUGGACGACGAGACAGUCGACAAUACGACAUCGUACGCGACAUCUCCCCUUGGCUUCAUUUCGAAUACUACUGCAUUUUCCGAUGUCUGCCAGACACCUUCUCUCCGUCAUACAUUUGGCUUCUUCGAGCGACCAAAUGCUCUCGAUAUCGUCCAUGAUCUUUUCCCCAUCUUUUCUCAAAGCAAGGUCUCCUCUUUUCAGGACAUCCUCUACCCGAGCCCCUGGUACUGGAAUGGAAACGUGGCAUACAAUUCCAGCCAAGAUGUGGAUUGGUCUGUCAAGGAAGACCAGAUGUACUGGCGUGGUUCUACCACAGGCGGAUUCUCGCGAGCUGGCGGAUGGCGUAGGCAGCACCGCCAGCUCUUUGUGCGCAACAUCAACAGCCUGGGACCCACAAAUAUACUCGAGAAGAAUGAAAACAACAAAUGGGCCAUGAAGCAGGUUCCACGAAGCAGCUUCAGGUCCCUAUUCAACGUGAGUUUCAGUCACGUUGGCCAGUGUGACCCGGAAGACUGCGAGGCACAAAAGGAAUUCUUCAAAAUAGUUGAGCCCGCUAAGCAGCAGGAUGCGUGGAAGUAUAGAUACCUCGUCGAUAUCGACGGAAAUGCAUUCAGUGGACGAUACUACGCUUUUCUGCUAAGUAAGAGCUUGAUAUACAAGCUUGCUUUGUUUAGAGAGUGGCAUGAUGAGUGGCUUCGGCCCUGGGUCCAUUUCAUCCCUCUCAGCUUGAAGGGGACUGAACACUAUGAAUCUGUUCGGUACUUUGCAAGGGAAGAAGCAGGCAAAGGAAAAGCAAUAGCCAUUGCAAAUGAGAGCCAGAAAUGGGCACAAAAAGUUUUACGCAAUAAAGAUCUCGAGGUGUGGUUUUUCAGGCUUCUAUUAGAAUACGGCAGAGUCAUAGAUGAUAAUCGUGAACGAUUGGGUUUUUCAUCGGGUUAA